CGCACGAAUUUGGUGCAAUUUUGUUUUUUUGUUUUUUAAACUUUGAACUGUCCUCUUAUUUCUAAAAGAGAGAGAGAGAGAGAGAGAGGUAGCAUCUGGCGGCGAGAGAUUGGUAACAAAGCCCUAACUUCUCUCUCUCUCGCUACCGAGUUCCGACGACUUUCUCCCUCUUUUUCUUUUUGACUCCUACAAACACACCACCCCUCUCCUCUCUCCCUCUCCCUCUGUCUGCGAUGGCUCUCUCAGAAAGAUCAUCGCGUCAAUCUCUGAUCCCGAGCUUCCUCUACUCUUCCGCCGCCUCCCACAAAACCCUAGCUCUCGAUAAAAUCAUGCUUGGCUCCAACCUUAACACCCUCUCAGAACGUUCCUCGCCUACGAGGAACGUCUUUGUUCCUUCCCCUUCCGAGCCUACCAAGAAGAUCGAGAUGUAUUCCCCACAAUUCUACGCCGCCUGUACCUUCGGCGGCAUCCUCAGCUGCGGUCUCACUCACAUGACCGUCACUCCCCUCGAUCUUGUCAAAUGUAAUAUGCAGAUUGACCCUGCAAAGUACAAAACCAUCUCAUCUGGUUUUGGAGUGCUGCUGAAGGAGCAGGGCAUCAGAGGCUUCUUCAGGGGUUGGGUGCCAACCUUGCUUGGUUACAGUGCUCAGGGUGCCUGCAAGUUUGGAUUCUAUGAAUUCUUUAAGAAAUACUACUCUGACAUUGCUGGACCUGAGUAUGCAACCAAGUACAAAACCUUGAUCUAUCUUGCUGGUUCUGCAUCUGCUGAGGUCAUUGCGGACAUUGCUCUUUGCCCUUUUGAGGCAGUGAAGGUCCGAGUUCAAACUCAGCCUGGUUUUGCUAGAGGUCUUUCAGAUGGGCUUCCGAAGUUUGUUAAGUCGGAAGGCUAUGCAGGAUUAUACAAAGGACUAGUUCCUCUCUGGGGACGUCAAAUUCCUUAUACAAUGAUGAAGUUUGCAUCUUUUGAGACCAUUGUGGAAUAUAUUUAUAAGUAUGCCAUCCCCACAUCGAAGGACCAGUGUAGUAAAUCUCUGCAGCUUGGUGUGAGUUUUGCUGGUGGAUAUGUGGCUGGUGUGUUUUGUGCUAUAGUGUCUCAUCCUGCUGACAAUCUUGUCUCUUUCCUCAACAAUGCCAAAGGGGCAACUGUUGGUGAUGCUGUGAAGAAGCUAGGUUUGUGGGGUCUCUUUACUCGUGGGCUUCCUCUCCGUAUCGUCAUGAUUGGAACUCUUACUGGAGCUCAGUGGGGAAUCUAUGAUGCCUUCAAAGUUUUCGUGGGAUUGCCAACCACUGGUGGUGUAACUCCUGCUGCUGCUACCGAGCUUGCAAAGGUGUAGAAUUGCAGAUGAUAUGCACAAUUUUUUUUUGUCAUCUUGUGACAUUUAUAGGGAUUAAAUAAACGUAGGAUUGCUGGAGCUACUCCGAUGGCUCCCAAACCAGUGGAGAGUAUUCUUUUGCGUUUGGGACUAUUUCCAAUUUAUUGAAGUUGGCUUAUGGAGGGAUGGUUUUGUUCUCAUCCUUCUGGUUGAUUUAAAACUUGUAGUUAGGUCUAUAAUGAAUUUGCAAUGUGUUGUUAGGAUCACGUUCCCCAGCAAGCUUGGGCCAAAGAAUAAUGGGCAUAUGGAAUUACAUU